CGGGGACCGGAGUGGAACCUCCACCUCCACCACCUCCUUCUCCUCUUCCACUUCCUCCCUUCUGUCGUUGCGCGCGGGGAGCGCUACGGGAAGCGCGGCGUGGCAGCCAGGGGGUUCCCACUUGUGAUGGUUUUCCUGGUUUUCCAAGGAAUCGUUCUCUUGACGAGGGAGCCGCUUGGGAAAUAUGUUCGUCUGCCUGGGUCGUUUAAAAGUCAUGGAUUUUUUUGUUUCAUGGCAGUUGUUUUGGUUGGCCAUCGGUCACCGCACCGCGUGCUUUCAGAUGCGCAUUUGCGGCCGUCGGGAACGUUCUUCCGAUAUUUGGAAGCCACUGGAGCAAUGCACUUUUAAGUCGAGAUUGAAAACUCUUUUUUUUUCGAACUGAUUUUUGUGUUUAGUUUGUUGUCCUUCCCCCGCACCUUCAAUUAGCACGCUUCAUGGACCGAGCAAACGAAGGGAGCUGCUCUCUCGGCGGAGUAGCGGUCAGCAUGCUCGCUGGAACUCGCACAACGGAGAAUUCUAUGAACCUGCCACCGGACAAAGCACAGCUGCUGCAAGAUUACGACGUCGAGAAGAAAUGGGAGCUCGUCUGCGACCAGGAGCGAUUCCAGGUGAAGAACCCGCCGCACACCUACAUCCAGCAGCUCAAGAGCCACAUGGAGUUCAGCAUGGCUCGCAAGUUCAAGAAACGAGUGCAGGAGUCGACGCAGGUGCUACGCGAGAUCGAGAUCUCUCUGCGCACGAACCACAUUGGGUGGGUGAGGGAGUUUCUGAACGAGGAGAACCGGGGGCUGGACGUUCUCGUGGAUUACCUGUGCCACACGCAGAGCUCCGGCACCUACGACGACGCCGCCGCCGCAGCAGCCGCCACCACGGACAGCGGCGCGACUCCGGCGAUGGCCGAGAGGCAGAAGUCGGUGGACGGCGCCAUCGACGAGGACGCGGAGCACGAGUCGAGCGUCAGCGGCCUCACCUCCGCCGCCAGCAGCGUGUCCCGGGCGGCCAAGCAACUGCUGCUGCGACACAACACGCUCAACCGCCGGUGGACCUUCCGCAACCAAAAGGCUGUGAGCCAGGAUGACGUCCACGUGUGCAUCAUGUGCCUGCGCGCCAUCAUGAACUACCAGUCUGGCUUCAACCUGGUGAUGUCCCACCCCAGCUGUGUCAACGAGAUCACGCUGAGCCUCAACAACAGAAGUCCCAGGACGAAGGCUCUGGUGCUGGAGCUCCUGGCGGCUGUCUGCCUCGUGCUGGGAGGUCACAGCAAGAUUCUCGCCGCCUUCAGCAACUUCAAGGAGUCGUGUGGAGAGAAGAAUCGCUUCGAGAGGCUCAUGGAAUACUUUGGAACGGAGGACAACAACAUUGAUUUCAUGGUGGCCUGCAUGCAGUUCAUCAACAUCGUGGUGCACUCCGUGGAGGACAUGAAUCUGCGCGUCCACCUGCAGUACGAGUUCACCGAGCUGGGCCUGGACGGCGUGCUCGAGAGCCUGAAGGAGACGGAGAGCGAGCGGCUGCUGAUGCAGAUCCAGGCGUACCUGGACAACGUGUUCGACGUGGGCGCCCUGCUGGAGGACGCCGAGACGCGCACCGCCGCCCUGGAACACGUGGACAGCCUGGAGGACCAGAUCGCCAGCGUGACGCGGCACAUGGAGCAGAAGGAGCUGGAGGCUAUGGCCAGGAUAGCCGAGCUGGAGAAACAGCUGAUGCACGGCGCCAGCGAGCUCCAAAGCAUCGAGGGUCUGUACAGGGAUGCCAGCAGCCGCAUCCAUGAGCUGGAGAGCCUCCUGAGAGACAAGACCCAACAGCUGGAGGCGUCGCGAAACCAGAAGUUCCAGGCCCAGAUGGUGGUGGUCCCGGCCGCCAGACACGCCGACGAGAAGCCACCGCCCGCGUCAGACUCAACGGGGGACCCGGGGGAUGGCACCCAGCCGGGACUGCCCUACCUCACCUGCUCUCUGGUGGACCAACAGGUCUCGAGCUCUCACCCAGAAGAUGAACCACCUCCACGUCCUCAAGAAGGCCCGCAUGCUCCUCCGUUGUGUCGCCCAGUGGCGCCUCCUCCUGCACCUCCAGCACCACCUCUCCCAGGAGGGUCUGCGGCACCCCCUCCACCACCUCCUCCUCCUCCACCGCCCCCACCUCCUCCACCGGGACAAGGCAUUCCUCCACCUCCUCCACCUCCUCCGCCGCCUCCUCCACCAGGCGGCAGCAUUCCCCCUCCGCCGCCGCCUCCGCCUCCACCAGGCGGAGCUCUGCCAAAGGGACCAGGCAACGCUUCUGCAGGAUACAAGAUGAAAAAGCCUAUCGUCACCAAGAUGCGCAUGCAGGCCUUCAACUGGGUGGCUCUGCAGAGCAGCCAAGUAGACGGCACCAUCUUCCACGAGCUCGAAGACGAGAAGGUGCUAGGGGAGCUGAACGUGGGCGAGUUCGAGGCGCUGUUCAAGACGAAGGCGCAGGGCGGCGGACCGAGCGCGGCCGGCGGCGACGGCGGCGGCGUCGGCUCGGCCGGUCGCGCCAAGCCCGUGACCAAGGCCCCCAGCUCCAGCGUCAGCUUCAUGGAGGCGAACCGCGCCCGCAACGUGUCCAUCACGCUGCGCCGCGCGGGGAUGCCCACCGAGGACAUCCUCACGGCCAUCGAAGGCUUCGAGGUGUCGCGCCUCUCCCUGGACUUCGUCGAGUGCCUGACUCGGCAGCUGCCCUCGGAGGCGGAGGUGCGGCGCAUGCAGCAGUACGAGCGCGACGGGAAGCCGCUGUCCGAGCUGGCCGAGGUGGACCGCUUCAUGCUGCGACUGAGCACCGUGCCGCGCCUGCCGCAGCGGCUCUCCGUGCUCGUGUUCAUGGGCAACUUCGAGGAGAGCCUGCAGCGUCUCACACCGCAAGUGAAUUCCAUCAUUGCCGCGUCGCGCUCCCUCAAGUCAUCACUGAAGUUGAAAAAGAUUUUAGAGAUCAUCCUGGCGUUUGGGAAUUACAUGAACAGCAGCAAGCGGGGGGCGGCGUACGGCUUCAAGCUGCAGAGCCUCGACCUGCUGCACGAGACGAAGUCGAUGGACCGGAAGCAAACGCUGCUGCAUUACCUGGCGUCGGUCAUCCACGACAAGUACCCAGACGCGGGCAACUUCCACGCGGAGUUGCAGUUCCUUGACAAAGCUGCUGCAGUGUCCUUGGACAGCGUGCUGUCGGACGUCAAGGAGAUGCAGCGAGGCAUGGAGCUGGGCCGUAAGGAGCUCGCCGCUCUGCCUGACAACGCCACCUUGCAGGACUUCCUGGCUCACAACAAGGACACGCUGGAGCAGCUGCAGUGCGAUGCCAACACUGCUCAGGAGGCGUACACGAGCGUGGUGGAAUAUUACGGGGAGACCACCAAGAGCAUGCCUCCCUCCACCUUCUUCCCCUUCUUCGUCAGGUUCACCGCCGCGUACAAGAAAGCGGAGCAGGACAACGAGGCCCGGGAGAAGCUCGAGAAGAUGACCAAGAAAGAGGAUCCCACGGACAACAGCCAACAGGAGGCGAAGUCGGAGAGCGUGACUGCCAAGAAACCUCAGAUGGACCUGAUGGCCGAGCUGAAACGAAGGCAGCAGGCGAAGGAGCGUGUCGUCUACGAAGGCAAGGACGGCGCCAUCGAGGACAUCAUCACAGAUCUGAGGAACGCCCCGUACAUCCGCACGGCGGUGGGACGGCGCAACUCCCGCAAGCGCGACGAGGCCGGCGUGUUGGUGUCCAGUUCGGAGAUGCAGCUCUGAAGGACGGGGGGCGGAGAGGGGCCGAUGGUCUCUGGUGGGACCUGCCUCGACAGCCCUGGUGGACGAGGAGGAGGGGUCCUGGUGGAGGGAUCUGGAGAGUGUGAGAGGAUGUCACUUCUUCGAUCCCGACGCAAGACGCCUGUAUAUUUGGAGUGUGAAUGUCUCGCUCGCCGUGGAUUUUUCGCCGAGUCCUCCGGUUUUUUGUUAACUCCACAUUUCGAAUCGACGUGCGUUCAGAGAGCAGUUUUGGCUGCUGUAAAUUUGCAACGUGAUACGCCACUUCGUUAAGCCAUCAUUUGCGCUCCUGAAAAAAGUUACAUAGCUCAGUGGGCCUUGCCUGUUAAAAAAAAAAAAGUUUAGUUUUAGUUUAUGAGAAGUCAGGUGAGUGAUUGGUUGCGGUCACGAAGCUAGCAUUCCAUGCCUGUACCAGAUACCUUCUCUGCCGCACUGUAACCUCCGACUGCGCGUGAUCAACUCAUUAGCAACUCGCGUCAAGCCACCUCCUAAAUAGCCCAGCGUCUGAUAUCCCUAAUGAUCGGUUUAACGUCAGGCCCAAUAUCAGUCCCAGGGGCCUCGUUAAUUGCACAAUUGAGAUUGUGGCUGUAAACGGGGGGAGGGAGGAGGGGGGGAGACGGGAGCGGGGUGGGGGGAUACUGGGGGGGGGGGGGGGGUGAGAGAGACGGUGGAGGGGGGGAAUUAUAAUUGGAAAAGACGACGGCAAUCAACAGCAAUUUCAAUUAAUCUCUCAAUUAAUUUCCUCAACUCUAUUGUGCAGGUUUCUACCCUAGGCAUGACUGCUGCAAUGUCUUAAUACAGUGCAAUUAGUUAAAGGAUUAUAUGUCGAUUUAAAGCUUUCGUGACUGCAGGGAUUCAUCUUCUUGGUUCUUUCGGUAAAGUCGAGGAGACGGAGUCUGAAUAUCUCCUCGACAGACCUGUUCUCCACCUGAGGACGGCUACUUGCGUUGUGGCCGAAACGUCGUGAGAAUUAUUUUAUAAUGUUUUAUUUUUAUUAUUUUAUUAUUUCAAUUCUACGUGACUUUACCGAAAGAACCAAGAAGAUAGUUUUAGGAUCUGUGUGUCUAUCCGCUCUAGGUACGUGCCGAAGGUUGUGUUGUGGUUGCGUGUUUUGUCGGUCUGCCAAAAGAAGGGAUCGAACUCGUUUGUGUAAAUAGAGGGGGCUGCCAGAUACUUCUUCAUCUGGCACAGGUUGAGUUUGUUGCAAGCGCUACUCACUCGGGGUAAAGGUUCAACUCCAGAGCCAGGCAGGAGCUUGGGCCUUGCAUCACCGCACAACACGAAGGACCUCGGUUCAAUUCCACGUACGGGUGCCUUUUUCCUGUGUGGAGUUUGUGUUUUCUGCUCCCAUGUCCUACAUGGGGUCCCUCCGUGGGUCUCCUUUUUCUCACAUAGCUAUGGGCAUCAGAAUCAGAAUGUUUCUUUAUCCUGGAUGAAUCCGAUAAGCUAUGAAGCUCUUCUUUUUACAGAUGUCCAGUAGGGGCGGGUCAGAGAGUUACAAUGACGAACAAUACAAAAAAAACGAUGUGAGUGCAAAGGGAAGCAAAUCACUUAAAAUAAAUUAAUAAACCAAAACUAAAUAACUUUUAUUUUACCAAGUAAAGCCUACAGAGCUAUUAGUUAAUUUUCAGACGCAACCUGGCCACAAAUCAUAGCUCAAUGAAAGUGGCAUAUCGUGUGGAAAUGUACAGCAGCCAAAUAAUCUAAACGUAUCGUGUAAGUGGUGGUGAGCAAACACCCUAUGCUUAAGACGAGUAUUUGGACUGAGUGUGGCUGUAUUGGGUAGAGUCGGUGAGUACAAGAAAGUCACGAUCACUCAGCCACCGCGCUCCCGAUCAGAUUGUUUGCUUCCGUCCGUAAUCCUGCAGUGUUGCAUACUCGUAUUUCAGGGUUUGACGAAAAUCUAUAUUUUUACAAGUCUGAACGUAGAAAAGAAUCGAAAUAUAAAUGCUUUGUAAAGACUGUGUUUUAUGCUUUUAAGCGACGUUGAAAUUCUGUUUCCAAAAAGGUGAAAGGUCAAAUGUGUGUUAUGCAAUUAAGAAAAAAGAACGUAGCAUUUUGUAACAUAAUGGCUGUCUUGACUCCAAUUGCGAAUACUGUUAUGAAACCGGGGUUUUCAAGGGCCUGAGAGGUUUGAGUGGGAAGGAAAUGACAGGGACCUCUUCUCGUGCCGUCCUGGAGACCGGGAUUCAUUUCCGUGGCCCCGGGUCGCUACGAAGCCUCGGUGCCCGUGAGCGCGAGCCCUUUGUUCAGAGCAAUAGAAAUGUUCACGUUGUUAGAUUUUUUUGAGAUCCAAAAAACAUUAUCUCAGGUGAAUCUACCCACGCGGCCGAUGAGCACGCUCGGCUACGUGAGGUGCGGACGAGGUUCAGCGUACGUACUUAUAUUAAACGGCGACUUGUGGAACUUUUUUUUGCUGAAGCUGCAACGUGUCUUUAAAUUUCGAUUUAAAGCUUUCGUGACUGCAGGGAUUCAUCUUCUUGGUUCUUUCGGUAAAGUCACGUAGAAUGGACAGACCUGUUCUCCACCCGAGGACGGCUGCUUGCGUUGUGGCCGAAACGUCGUGAGAAUUAUUUUAUUAUGUUUUAUUUUUAUUAUUUAUUAUUUCCAUUCUACGUGACUUUACCGAAAACGUGUGUCUUUGUCGUUACCUGCCUUUGUUAGAGCGACGUGUCCAGGUGGGGUUUGCGCUGCUCGCCAUCAGCGUUGCAGCAGUUAGCGUAUUUCCAAAAGGUCAACGACCGUUGCCCUUUGCUAAAGUUGUGGCUGUGUGAAUCGCUCUCGACACGAUAAUAAUCGGCGCUUUUAAAAAAAACAUCGCUUUGCGAGCGCGCGCGACAAUUCGGUUUGUUUGGCCGAGUCCGGUUCGCGGAGGGUUUCACGACGCAAUCGUUGCUCAGAUUACGACGUGUCAUGCCCACUCACCCGUUGUGGUUUUCGCGGCUCGCUCGUCCUACGAAUGCGUUCGCCGAGAGCGAUGGAACGGCAGCGUCAGGCGCGAGUUCCGUUUUGCGAGUUGCUAAGCCUGAAACGAGCGCUAACGCCCGAACGCCACACGGACAGAUGCGUGACACGACGACGCCUGACUGACGGUGACGCUUGCGAUGUCGAGACUGGCUCGGGGUAUUUGUCGCUGAAAUGUAUUCUGUUGGGAACGCAGUUUCACGUGGGGUAGGUGACAAGUGUUCGCCUUCUCGACUUGCCCACCCCUUGUUAAAUGUACCAGCGACUUGAGCUGUGGGUGGGCACACACAAUCGACUGCUCACAAAACGAACGGCGGCCCCGUGGCACCAUCCCUCCUUAUUAGACUCGUCCCUCUCACCCAGCGCGACACCGCUCUUUGCAGGGUUGCCACGUCUCGCGUCGGACGCUUGCUCGGGGCUCGGUAUACUUGAUGCGCUGCCGUAUGCAACCCUUGGCGCUAAUUGGUUAGAAAGGAAGCUGCUUGCUUGCUGCUGCUGCUGUUGCUACACAGGGCCGUGUAAUCGCAGAGGGACGCCUUCGCCUGCCCCUUCCUCUUCCCCAACGAAAGUCAUUGCUUUUUUCUCUUCCUCCGUGGCACAAGCCAAGUGACAGGUUGGCUGCGUACACGCAGCGCCGCUUUGCACGUGUCCCUUGCGUGGCUUGGCGAUUGGCGGCAUGAGCGCCUACCCCGGCGUAUGAGCGCCUACCCCGGCGGAAGCCACGACGACAACGAAGUAUGCCUCCCAAUGAGAAUGCCGAUCGUCAUAAUCGUGAAACACAAAUGCAUAAUCUUUGGUUUUUUCGGUAAAGGAGGAGGUUUUUUUGCUGUGGUUGUCCCACCUGAUGACGCUGGCUUGUGUUGCGAUCGACAAGUCGUGAUCAAUUAUUUUUCCACCGGCGUGACUUUACCGAAAGAACCAAAGAGUAUGGAUUCCUGCAGUCACGAAAGCUUCAAAUCAACAAACGCAUGAACUGAUUCGUCCGGCCGAAUCGAAUCUCUCUCGAGUCGGUGUAAUCGCCCGGGCGCAGGUCGCUAUGUCGUCGGCGUUUCAUUCGCGAACACCGCUUCGCGGUUUGUCGCGAUUCAUCCAUUCGCCCGUUGCCUUCGUACAAAAGCGGACGAGCGACCGCUAAGACUCAAUAAGACCGCAUGAAACCAUUCGAGUAAAUUAUCCCCCACCGUGCCCCCCCUCCCCUCCCGCCACCGACUCCUCGCCUACACCGCUGUAGGCAAAGCGAGGUGGGGCCAUGGACGUUUCUUUGUCAACUGCGCGCCGCUUAAUCGGUUCGCAUUGAUUUCAGCCGCGCCACCAUCAACGCGCGUGCCACUUUGAGAACGGCGCCCAUCACGCCGGACCCCCACACCCCCCUACCACCCCCCCCCCUGCGGAUCGAAGGGCUUGCGAGCUGACGAGAGGAGAGCCGGCUGCCUGACGCACGCUGCUGCUGGACGUGGCACCACGCCGUCGUGGGGAGCCGAGUCAGUUUGGCUGUCGCCAGUUUGAUCAUCAAGCGCACACGAGGAAUGCCUCCUGCUACUGCUGCUGCUACCGCUGCGGCUGCUGCUGCUGCUGCGUGGGAGACGCUGAUGCCGCCGGUUGUGUAUUGGUCAGCGCACUCACUUUGCACUUGCAAUCCAGAGGCCGUCGGAUAUCACCCCCCCCCCCCCAGCCCACUCCCCCUCCCCUCCCAGCCCACGCCCCUCCCAGCCCCCUCCCACCCCCCAGUGUAAACUAAUACAUCAAACGGUCGAUCCGUUGCUUGCAGCGUGGUAUGCGAUGAAACGUGGAUACUUUCGACCUCUUCCGAGACGUCUGAGCAGCGUGGAAGAGUAGGCCCAAUAUUGUCUGAGAGGGGAGCUCUCUACAGCUCCCCUUCUACUCGAUGCCCUUCUGCUGGCAGUGGCGUGAGCGGAAGCAAUUGCGGGGCUGCGCCUUUAACUCGACUCGACUCGAGUGCCAUGUGCCCAGCAAGAGGAUUCAGAGUGAAGUUGUUCGAUCUACUCGAUGUUGUUAGCUAUCGCGGUUGCUGGCCAUAGACGUUCAUUACUUUUGUUGUUGGGCAGCUGCCUCCUGGCGGCGUUCUUGGUUCAUUCUGCGGCGAGGAGUGAGAGACGCGGAGCCAUCAGGAGGAGGCAGUCGGCAGGUGUCGUUUGGGAAGCAAUUUACAAACCCCGGCGGGGAUUCGCCCGCCCUUUGUUCGGAGCGUGCUUUUCACGAUCCGCUUACACGACCAUUAUCCUCUCGUUUGCUCCACUUAAGUAACGUACCCUAUGCACAAAGACAACGAUCCCGUCCCAACUCCCCCCCGCCCGCCCGCCCGCCCGCUCACCAACCUCCUGUGGUUUGUAACAGGCUUGUUGGGGCGAGCGCUGUUGGCGAGAACCUAUGAAGGCCGGCACGGCAUAUGACGGGUGGCCAGCACCACGCCCGGUCGCCUUUGUCUUCCCAUUCACGAUGUUUACACACCGCACCAGGUACUCAUUUGAGGCUGAGUCGACCUAGGGGAGGCCCAGGACACGUUCAAAUCAUCGUAACCGGUGAGCGGGAAUCGAACUCGGGUAGCGCAGUGCGCUAACGGCUUCGCUACCGCUCUCCACUCGCGCACGCACACACGCACACACGUGUAUGUGUGUGUGUCUACGAAUUGACGUGUAUGGCUGUUGUUGUUGUUGUUUGUUGUAGUUUGCUUUGUUCGAGCUGCAGCAUUGACCGUGCAGUGCCCAACACCGAGGAACGGGGCAAUUGUCCUCGGCCCAUUUUCACCUGCAAGGCAACGCGACGAUUUGCGAUUCGUAUCUGUUUUCCAAUUAUGAUCAGCGCUGCGCCCGUUAACGGUGUUAUAAGAAAUGUAAACACUCUGCUACAAAACAUGUCUUUUUUAAAUGUAAAAAUAACAAUAAUAAUUAUCUGGUUUGUUGUGAGUUUGUUGAAUUACUUUUUAACCCCUUUGACCGGUGUGCUAAACUGUUGGUGUGGUUUUAAUGGCCGGGGUUAAUACCAUAUAAAUUAAACGCAUUUCGAAUCCUAAGGGUUGAUGCAGGUUUUCCUGACAUUUCGUGAGAGCGGAAUCGCAAAUAAUUAGAUUUCCGUGAAGGUGACAUUUCUUCUUAAUUAGAGCAAACGAGUCGAGCAAGGAGCACGUGCUGCGUGUUCCACUCAUCGAAUGUGGGAAGAGAGGGAUGGCACGGCAUCUUGGGAAGUCGGGGUAAAUCUGGAAUCCAGCAGCACCAAACUCCCUUCGCAUGCGCGUCGAGGAGGUGCCCACAGCCUGGCUUGCCAGGAUAAUUCAGUACAGCAAAUGUGGACGGCCCCCAGUUCCGCCUGUAUGGGGAAUCGAAAGAUGCCCCCCGGUUUCCUCCCACGCGUAAAACACAUUAAUUGUUUGGAAACAUCUUAAUAUAUAGGGGACAUCAGAGCUUGGGCAAUUGUUGGCACCGAUUCGCUAUCUGGCUACCUUCCUGAUUGUCUGUGGUUCCUCCUCGCGCCUCUGAAUCGUUAACUCUCUUCACAAGAGUGGGCGAAUUCUGUGCAGCGCAUUGAAAGCUAAAAUUAUUAUUUUUAAUCUGAAAGAUCAAUUGACUCUGGUUAUACAGAGGCAGAGGAUGGCCGGGGGGAAAAAAUAUGGACUGAUGGAGGUGGAAGAGUCAUUAGAGCCACGAAAACGUCAGCAACUGAUCGAAUCUAAUGAUCGGCAACCGUGGAGGACUGAUGUCUUCCUGUCGGAAGCUUGUGAAUCUCUUGGCCUCUGCAAAAGGGCUGGAGGGAAAGAAGAGCCAGAUUUAGUUAUCGGGGUUACCUAGAAAUAGUGCUAAUGUCUUGCAUUGCUUCCUUGGCCAGUUGAGUGGGUAAAUUGGAAUUAAAUAUAUUGUCGGCGAUACCAACAAAAAUUUAAAGUCCAUCGCUAGCCCUGCAACACUUGCACUGCACCUCCGAUCAGCACGGUUGGCUGUGUACGGUGCGAAAGAAGUCCAACAUAGAUGCACACUGCUCUGCGAAGCCAAUGUGCGUACAGCGUAGUGAGUUGAUUAGGUGAGCGAGUGCAGAAGAGUAUCGUGGAUCACGAGGUCGAGCACCGACGAUGACGCAUCGGUCACGUGACUCUAUUCGCCACUUCACGUUCGCGACGGGAGGCGAUUUUGUAAGAGGCGCGCGGCGUUAUGAGGAAUGACGGGUUGGGGCGAGCACGUGGCAGCGCUCGUCUUACCAAACGCUGCUUGCGAUGCGUUGGGUGCCGAUCCUCGGUGGGGACCGUUCGAGGGCCACAGGGAGUGAAAUUGAGCCCCAUCCGUGGCAAAUGCCUCCACCGACCAGCACGGCGAAAAGCACGAACACAAAUAACCUUCAACGGUCUGACACGCACCGACUCGCGCGCUCUUGAGCCAACACGUCGCAAAUCGAGGACAUCAAAGACAAAAGCCCCCACGUGGAAAACUAGAAAGGAUGAGCAGACUGUGGGGGCGAGUGCUGUUCGCGAAGGCCGCACGAGUGGGUGGGUGGCCAACACCACGCCCGCCCGCCUUUGUCUACCCUCCUGGAAAUGUUUACACCUCGCACCUGGUACUCAUUUAAGGCUGAGUCGCCCUAGGCCCAGGACCGAUUCAGACAUUUGUCACCGACGCUGGCCGUGAGCAGAAAUCGAACUCGGGGUCGCCGGGUUCAUCGCGCGGUGCGCUAACCGUUGCGCCACCGCUCCCCGCUGCAGACACGUA